AAACAAUUAAAAUGUUUAUUUCUGAAUUUUCGCGGGAGGACGUCAAUGUUGAAAAUUCAACAAGAAUUUGAGUACCUUAAAAAUCUAAUCUUAUUAUCCAUUUCGUUUGCAAACUCGUUAUGGAGUUCUUGAAAAUACUCUCUGCUCAUUUGAUUUAAAACUAAAGUCUUUCUUUUAUAAAAAAAAAAAACAGAAAAAAAAACAGUUUAGGUUUAGAGAUGGGUUGGUUGUGGAGGAAGAAGAAAAAGAAUAAGAAGCUAGAAUUGGAGAGAGGAGCCAAGUUGUUAGAAGAGCUCAUCGAAUGUUGCGAUGGCAAAUCCAAUCCCAUCAAAUUCUUCUCUGCUGAUGAGAUCCGCAAAGCCACCAACAUUUUCAGCCACUCUAAUCUUGUUCAUCAGGAAGAAUUUUACUGCCAAUGGUAUUCAGGUAAGAACGAGAACCAUCCCAUGAUACUCAUCAGGAAAGAUUCUAAUGUGAGGGGAGGAGAUCUUGUGUGCCGCAACAUAGCAGUUUCAUCGAUGGUGAGUGGUCACAAGAACUUUAUGAAAUUGGUUGGAUGUUGUCUUGAGUUGAAAUAUCCAGUCACGGUCUAUCAUGGUGUUAAGAAACAUUAUGGAUUAGAAAUAGAUGAGAAGCCGUGGAAAAGAAGAAUGAAGAUAGCAGAAGAUAUCGCCACUGCUUUAGCUUACCUUCACACUGCCUUCCCUAGGCCCCUCGUAUAUAUGAUUUUGUCUCAUCGGAAUAUCUUAUUGGAUGAAGAUGGUGUCGCGAAGCUGACUGAUUUCUCUCACUGCGUCUCAAUCCCAGAAGGAGAAACAUUUGUCCGGGUUGAGGCAGAAGAUGGAUUCUAUAGUUACUUUGCUGAUAAUUACGUUAACAGUGUUGUAGUCUCAGAGAAAACAGAUGUCUUUGCCUUUGGAAUCUUUAUGGGUCUAACGCUUCUAUUAGGAUACAAAAGCUAUUUCGAGCAUUAUCGAGGAGAAGAAAAAGAAAGUGAAGAAGAAGACCCUGAAGAUACUGAUGAAUUAGAUUAUUUUAACAAGAAAAGACAUGCUCGAUAUUGGCUGUCAAAAUUAAAGAAAGACCGACCAAUGGAAGAGAUUGCAGAUCGAAAGAUGAUAAAAAAUAUGGGUCAAAUCUUAGAACAAGAGCUCUUUCAAAUGAAAGCUUUCCGGAUGCUCUCACUGAGAUGCAUGGGUCCUAGUGAAGAAGUUCCAACGAUGGUGGAGGUGGCCAAAGAACUAAAGAAGAUCCAAAAAUCUCUUAAUAAAGAUUCUUAUCGAGGAGAAGAAGAAGAAGAAGAAAGUGAAGAUGAAUUUAACGACUCUUCUUCUCUUUCUUCAGGUCAAACCCAAUUCGACUCUGCCCAAGACAUUUCUUCCACAGUGGUCCUCUCAAACCAAACUUAAACACAAAGGCAUUGCUACCAAGUAUUGCCUGCCAGGUAUUUCGUGAAAUGUUUCAAUGGGUUAUGUUGAGCUGGUUUCGUUUUUUCAGGAAAAAUCGAACAAUGUGCUGAAAAUAAGUUGAAUUCAUGUUCGUAUUAAAACAUUAUCAAGUUUCAUUUUUGUUGUUGUAUUUAUAAAUAGUGCUACGUUACUUUUGAUUCAUUAUAUUGUCCCUUAAGAGUUUGUGUAUGUGUGUUUGGGUUUUGAUCGAUCCGUCUGUUUUUGUUAAUGUAAUAAUUUUAUCAAGAGAUGUUAUGAUAUAUGUGAAUCUUGUAUUGAUGAUUGUCUACUCGUGUAUUAUAAGGGAAAGUCUCCCAAGUCAAUAACAAUUCUAAAGUUUACAUUGUGAGUUGGGAAACAUGGUUCAUUGACGUAAGUUUGCAAUUUCCAGCAACUAC